AUGAAUUCUCAGAGAAAGACUUCUGGUCAACUUAUCUCCUGUCCUAUUUGUAACGAAAAGAUUCCUUAUUCUACUAUAAAUGAACAUUUGGAUAAAUGUACAAAUUCAGCAGCUAACAAUAAGUCGUCUUCGAAACAACCUACUUUACAAAAUGUAUUAAGUGGAUUCAAGAAUAGGAAACGUCCCCAGCAAGACGUAGUUGUAGAUAUCACUGAUGAUGAUUCUGUCGAAACGGUGGUACUCCCUGGGAAACCAGAUAAUGGCGAUGAAUCAGUUUUAACACCAGAGGUUAGCAAACGUCAAAAAAUUGAAAAAGUGGAUACGAGUAGUGAGUAUGAGUUCAGAAGAUUGCAAAAGAUAAGUCAUUUACCAUUGAGUGAAAAAUUAAGGCCACAAGAAAUUAGAGAUUAUGUUGGUCAACAACAUAUUUUAUCACAGCAAAAUGGUACUUUAUACAAAUACGUGAAAGAAGGAACGAUCCCUUCAAUGAUCUUAUGGGGUCCACCAGGUGUUGGUAAAACAUCGUUAGCAAGACUGCUGACUAAAGAAGCUACUAAAAACGGGACUAAUUAUCAUUUAAUCGAAACUAGUGCAACAAAGGCUAAUACCCAAGAAUUAAGAUCCAUUUUCGAUAAGGCAAAGAAGGAUUUUCAGCUAACGAAAAGAAGGAUAGUGUUGUUUAUCGAUGAAAUUCAUAGAUUCAACAAAGCCCAACAGGAUCUGUUGUUGCCUCAUGUUGAAAAUGGUGAUAUUAUACUAAUUGGAGCCACCACUGAAAACCCAAGUUUCCAAUUGAACAAUGCUCUGAUAAGUAGAUGUCAUAUAUUUGUGCUUGAGAAACUAAGUAGUAACGAAAUAUGUAUUGUGUUAUCAAGAGGUAUAGCUUUGCUUAACAAAUGUCGAAAAUUAAUAUGGAAAGUUAAGAUACCAUUGACUCUUCCAAGGUCUGUUCUUGAGUAUAUUGCAGAUGUUUCAGUAGGUGAUACAAGAAGAGCUAUUAAUAUUCUAGAGAUGAUAGAAAUUUCAACAAGACAGAUAACAACUGAAAUUACUAGCGAUACUGUAAAGGAAAUAGUGAAAAGUAAUAGUAGUAAGGAAGGGAUAAAUACUUAUUAUGAUACUAGUGGUGAUAACCAUUAUGAUACAAUUUCUGCCCUACAUAAGGCAAUAAGAGGAGGAGAUGCGGAUUCAUCAUUAUACUAUAUGACCAGAAUGUUACAAGGCGGAGAAGAUCCGUUAUAUAUUGCAAGACGAUUCAUACGCAUCGCUAGUGAAGACGUUGGUCUUGCGGAUAAUUCUUUGCUUCCGUUGGCAAUUGCUGCACAUGAUGCUGUAAUGAAGAUUGGAUUGCCUGAAGCUGAUAUGGCAUUAGCUCACUGUUGUGUAGCAUUGGCAAAGGCACCAAAAUCAGUUGAGGUCUACAGAGCUUAUAAUCAAAUAAAAGGAAUGAUCAAGGAAAAUAAAUAUUCCAUGGCAAGUGCGGAAAUUCCAAUGCAUAUAAGAAAUGCACCAACUAAAUUGAUGCAAGAACUUGGAUAUCAUAAAGGUUAUAAAUAUAAUCCAGAUUAUAAAGAUGGUGAGGUAGCACAGGAUUAUUUCCCAAAAGAGAUCUUAGAUCAAUGUCAAGAUAAAAAAAUUCUGAAGUUUUUAACAGGCAAACCACUGGGAGACAGAAUUGACCCUGAUUUGAUAAAAAAUGAGGAAAAAUCAUAA